CGAAACAUUCCAAGAGAAAAUCACGCUCACAGAAACUAUCAUAACGAAAUUUUAAGAAAGAGCCCCCCAACAAUUAUUACCAAAACCAUUACCUGAAUAUUAUUUAUGUAGUCAACAAUUGUGAUCAUACGUUAAGUUUUUCGCUAUAGUUUUUGUAAAUCGUAAUAUGUGAUAUUAACUUUUUUUUUCGUCAAAGGGUUAUCGUGCAAUUCUCGAAAGAGGCCUCGUAAUUAUUGUCACUAAUGAAAAAGAUUAUGGAACCAAAGGUGAUUAAAGAAGAAGGCACUGAAAAAGAAUCUCCAAACUAUCUUGACACGCUGCCGGCAGCACCGAGAUCGAGAUCAGCUAAAGGUUGCACAAAGGACAGGUGUAAAACACCAGAUUCUCCUGAGGGAGCACGUAUAAAUCAACCAGUAUCACCAAGCCAAUCGUCACCUUCACGUCAACCAACAAACGGCGGUUCAUCACCAAUAAAUAAUGGAUCUACUGACAGCAUAACACCUCCCCUUGGUUCGGCGGCACUUACAGUCAGUUUAGACGCAAAUCAACCACACCAAUAUAGCGGUCACGGAGGGGCCGCGACAUGCAUUACUCGGUCAUUACUUAAAGUUAAAAGAUUUCUAAAUACCCUCGUACAAUUUGGUAGCGAGAUAAAUUCGGAUGUUGGAGAAAGAGUGCGAAGUCUCGUGUUAAAUUUAGUAAGCGCAAAUUUAAGUGUAGAAGAGUUUCAUCAUUCCUUACAAGAAGUAACAAAUUUUCCUUUGAGACCUUUUGUUCUGCCCUUCCUAAGAGCCCACCUUCCGCUGCUUCAAAGAGAAAUCCACGCGCUGGCGCGGGCCAACAAACAGUCGUCACUUCAGUACGUACGAACUCAUGAGCACGUAGUCUUAGAUUCAACGCACUCUCCAACAGAACCAUCAGAAAUAUUUUUACCAAACGACACGCAAUUGACAAGCGGUAUUAAAAGGAGAUCAUCGGACAGUAUAUACGAAAAUGGAUUAAACGGUCAAUCACAUCAAGACUCUCAAGAUUUUUUGCCGGCUAAACGGCAAUUAACUUCCCAAAACGCUUUUAUGUUCGCGCACCAAAGCCUAUUUCUUCCCAAUAUGAAUUCGUCCGUUUCCAAUUCGCACGUUUUUGAUUAUACGCAACACGGACAUCUCUAUACAAAUCAACAUCGCGCAGAUGACAUCCUCAAUAACGAUUCGCGAAAUUCGAAUCGUGGAGAUGAGGAAUGGAAAAAUAUUCACGUAAUGCUAAAUUGUAUUUUAUCGAUGGUAGAAAAAACGAAGCGCGCGCUUUCCAUUUUGCAACAGAGGAAUAAUCAAGAAAUCACGAACGAGUGGCUACGUAAACAAGACGUUGGGGCUGAUCUAAAAAAGGCCGCUAACGAAAUUAUGAUACAAGCGGUUAGGCAAACGGAAGAUCGUGUUGCCGAAGUACGAAGAAGAGCCGAAGAAGCGGUAAAUGAUGUGAAAAGACAAGCUGUUGUCGAACUCCAAAAAGCGGUAGCAGCUGCCGAAACAAAAGCAACUGAACUGGUCGCAAGCGAGAGGGCCAAAAUGGAGAAAUUAUUAUUAGAAACACGAAAGCAGACUGACGAAAAUCAGACAACCGAACCGGUCGAAAACAGUACCUCCCCACCACAAACCACCCCAUCUGCCACAUCACAACAAAGCUCCUGCUGGAAUUGCGGCAGAAAGGCUCACGAGACAUGUUCAGGAUGUAACGUCGCACGUUACUGCGGCCCUUUCUGCCAGCACAAAGAUUGGGAAACCCAUCAUCAGGCCUGUUCGAAAGAAAAAAACCGCCCCAUACGCUCCGCUACUCCAAGCACCACGGCGCACAUCAAUUCCGUUGACCAAGUGAAAUUCAAAAAGUGACAUGCAAGAAAACUGCGCAAAACUAAAAAGUAAUUGAUCGAGUUGCGUGUUAUGUUACUGGCAUGGCACUGAGGACUCUCGCACGUUUUUAAUAUUGUCGUUUAAUUAAUUGUUCCUGAUGUAUACCAAAGACUAUCAUUAUGUAGAUACUUACACUAGAUGUCGAUGUACCUACUUUAUUUUUUUUGUACACAAUUUCUAGUCUAAUUUGUUGUAACUUAUUCCACAAUUAAAUUUUUGUUGCUACAUGGUAGUUGAUAGCAAAUAAGUAUUAAGUAAUUAUUGUUAUUCAUUAAUGUU